AUGGCCCCUACCAGUUCUAGGACACUAAAUAUGGCGCCCGUCGCCAGGCUAACCGCCCAAGUUCAAAGCGCGCCUAAGAGUGGCACGUCCCGAACCGGAGGCUACUUACUCAAACUGUCCGCCCCUUCGGACCAGGGUCAAGCGGCAGGCCUCUCGUUCGGCCCCCUUCAACUCCCAGCCCUCGAUUGUUGUGAAGUACUGCGUUCUGGUCGGGGGCCGAUCCAUCCCGGCGAGCGGACGGGUGGACGCCGGGGGUGGCGAACACCGAGCUCACGGUGUAAGCCCGACGACCCGACCGUCAGUCCUCUCUCCGCCUCCUCCGCCGGCUUGCCGGCCGACCGAAUCAACCGCUGCCCAGAGAGCUCCCGCGCGUUCCGUCUGCUGCGAGAGAGCGCCCCGAGCCGACUGAAGAGAGAACGAAAGCGAGUGAACGUAGGCGGGAGCGAGCGCCGCCGCGAGCGUGCUCCGCCCUCCGCCAACGGCGCCCCCACGUGUCCCGACGCCGCCACUGCAGAGCCGGAGCCUCCCGGCGGGCGGCCGGCUCGCGCUGGGAAGCCAGCCAGCCAGCCAUCUGCUGAAAUCACAGGCUUUCAAUGGAACGACAAUGGUCGCCCUAGAUCAUCCUCUCCAACCUGGGGCCCUUCCAGUUAG